CAACGAAAACCCGAAUGUGUUCUGUGCUUCUGUCCGUGUGUCACGGAACCACCAAUCUGCUUUGGAAAAAGUCCGGGAAACCGAACAGGGCCAAUCAAUCGAUCAUCGAUCAUCGAUCAUCAAUCAACAAUCAAUCGCGCUCCGGCUGAGAAAGACUGAAAAAAGAUUUCAUUCCUGUGCUACGGUACGGUACCACACCGCACGGUGCCGUAUCGUACCGUACCUACAAUCCACCAUUCCAUCGAACAAGGAACGAGCCCACAAUAUCCGUGCGAUCGCAAGAAGGAAGAAACAAAGCAGAAGAUCAUGGCAAGCUCCAGCAAAGAGGUGAGUUGGGUUACACAGUACCGUACGGUACCGUACCGUACCGAAAGCUGCGUCGGAUUCAAUUGGUAUCGAAACAAGGGCAUCGAACCGCCGUGACUCGAAAGAAUACCGCUCGCAACAGUAUCUCGACAACGUGCAUCUCACACCUGUUCUGGCAUUCCAUCCAAAUCGAAUCGAAUCGAAUCGAAUCGAAACAACCGAACGAACCACGCCGUGUUGUCCUUGUUUCCGCGCAACCACAGAAGGACCUCAAGGCCAAGCAAAAAGCGGCCAAGAUAGCCAAGAAGGCCGCCGAUGACGCCAUCAAGGAAGCCGAAAAACUGGCGGAGGAAGUUGCCAAGCUAGAGUCGGAGAUCGAGGCCGAUGCCAAGAAGAAGGCCAAGGCCGACUCCGGAAGCGACUCGGACAGCAKCAGCAGCAGCAGUAGUAGCAGCAGCGAUUCGGACAGCGACAGCGACGACGAGGACACCAAGAAGAAGCCGGUUGCCACCAAGAAGGAGGAAAGCGACUCUUCCGACAGCGACAGCGACUCGGAUUCCGAUUCGGACGACGAGGAAGAGAAAAAGGUAGAAACAAAGAAAGAAGAGAGCGACUCGUCUUCUUCGGACGACGACUCCUCCUCGGACGAGGAAGAGGCCGCACCAGCAAAAUCCAAGGCCGUCGCAAAGGCCGACGACGGCAGCAGCAGCAGUUCCGACUCGGACUCCGACAGCGACUCCGACGACGAGGAGGACAAGAAGGAGGCCGAUAAAAUGGAGGUCGACAAAAAAUCCUCGGACAGCAGUAGCAGCAGCAGCAGCAGUGACUCGGACAGCGACUCGGACGACACCGCGGCAUCGGAUCCUCCCGAAAACAAUGCCGAAUCAAAAAAGAGAAAGGUGGAAGAAGAAGAGACGGCCGAGCCACCCGCAAAGAAGCAAGCCGUCGAAGACGGCGGCGAGAGCGUGACGAAAUUGUACAUCCGAGGACUGCCGUGGAGGGCCACCGAGGACGCCGUUCGAGAUUAUUUUGCCAAGUGCGGAAGCGGUCCCAAGUCCGUGGAGCUGCCGCUGCAAGACGACGGAAGAAGUUCCGGAACCGCGAUCAUUGAUUUCCACGAUGCCGAUUCGGCGGCCGCUGCCAUGGAACUGAACGGGGCCGAUUUUGAGGGUCGCUGGUUGUCCAUCAAAUACUCGACUCCCAAACCAAUCCUGGCGCCGCGCCAGACAACUCCGAAACAAGAAGGUUGCUGCACCGUCUUUGUAGGAAACCUGGCGUGGGAAAUCGACGAGGACUCUCUUCGUGCCGCCUUUGCGGAAUGCGGUGAAAUCACGCAGAUUCGUUUUUCGACGGACAGAGAAACCGGAGAUUUCAAGGGGUAAGUUUCCGCUAGGGUUUUGAUUUCUUUGCCGUGCAUGAUUUGUUGCGCACUCUUUCUAAUAAGAUCCCCCCGCAUCCUUUUGCAUUUGCAGGUACGGGCACAUUGAAUUUGCACAGACAGAAUCCACCGAUGCCGCUAUCAAAAUGGCGGGAACCGAUAUAUUCGGACGAGCGGUUCGGGUCGACUAUGCCAACGACCGCAGACAAUCCUUCGGAGGCGGUGGUCGCGGUGGCGGAGGCCGAGGAGGAGGUCGCGGCGGCGGCCGCUUCGGAGGCGGUGGUCGCGGUGGAGGUCGUGGCGGAGGCCGAGGAGGAGGUCGCGGCGGCGGUACCCCCCUGCACAAGAAGUCGGGCGGAAUUGCCAGCUUUUCUGGUACAAAGAUUACAUUCGAUUGAUCAGCAUUUUCACCGGUUGACAAACAUGAAUCCACAACUAUAUAUAUAUAUUAAAAAAAUAAUGCACGG